AUCUUUAAUCCUCUUUCACAGGAUCAUGGAUGAGGGUCGAAAAACAACAACAACAACAAAAAAACCAAACAAAAAUAAUACAGCAGUACCCGAAAAUACUCUUAGAAAAGACUUGAAAGUUGUCGGAAACAUACACAAUGUAGAUGGGCACAGAAAGCCAGUCUAGGAAGAUGAUUUACACUGUGGUGUCGGCUUUUAUAGAAUUCAGAGUAAAUGCAGUAUUGUUUAGGCUCAAAAGUACAUGUGAUCAGAUUGUUUCUGAAAGGAAACAAAUGAGGACGAUCAGAUUGCAGCUCCUUGGAAGCAGCCUACAGAGAUGCAAGCAGUUAGUAGCACUGUGGUUGGUGUGGCUGGAAAUCUUUUAACUGAGCCAAUAGGCUACUUGGAAUCAUGUUUCUCAGCCAAGAAUGGUACUCCAAGGCAGCCGUCCAUUUGUAGCCACUCCAGAGCCUGUUUAAAGAUCAGAAAGAACAUCUUUAAUAAUCCAGAACAUUCCUUGAUGGGCCUAGAACAGUUUUCUCAUGUUUGGAUUUUGUUUGUUUUUCACAAAAACGGCCAUUUGAACUACAAGGCAAAAGUGCAGCCGCCUAGGUUGAAUGGGGCAAAGACUGGCGUGUUCUCCACAAGGAGCCCACAUCGCCCUAAUGCAAUAGGACUGACCCUGGCCAAACUGGAGAAGGUGGAAGGUGGCGCUGUAUACCUGUCUGGAAUUGACAUGAUACAUGGCACACCUGUGCUAGACAUAAAGCCCUACAUUGCUGACUAUGAUUCACCUCGGAGCGAGGAGCCUUUGGAAGAUUUGAAUGUGCAGAGUAACCACCGUCUGCUGAGGCCUGCAUCCCAGUCUGAUGGCACAGCUGACAGUUGUGACCAGCGGCUGCCCUUAGGGUGUGGGAAAGCACAGCAUGGCCGUAGCACUGAGGAGAAACAGACAUGCCUUGAAGACAGAACCCCAGAAGAAAACUUCACAAAGUCCAGAGACAGUACAGAAAUCCAGCACACUUCGCCUGAGGAUAGAGAGACAGUAGUGGAUUUGGUGCUGGAAUCAAGCAGAAGUGACAGUGUGGGUAUGGCUGAAGAGCAGCGUGGCCCACAGGAUCUGAAAAGCUUUCUGGAUGAAGGCACAGAUAGGUCCAGGAACAUGGAACAUGCCUUGGGCCUGCAGGGGAGCAGUGCAGAGACACGGUGGCCUUCCUGCCAUGCCAGGACAACUGACAGAGUGCCCUGCAGUGUCGUCCCCACCUGGGUGAAGGAGGCCCCUGCACCCUCUUUACAAGUCCGGUUUACUCCUCAUGCUGAGCUGGACCUGAAGAAGCUCAGUCCAGGAGGUGCUGGUCAGGUGUCAUUUAGAUACUUUGAGUCCACAGACGAAGCCAAGCGUGCCAUCGAGGCUGUGCUGUCAGCAGACCCUCGAUCUGUGUACCGACGGAAGCUCUGUCAGGACCGCCUUUUUUUCUUCACUGUCGACAUAGCACACGUCACAUGCUGGUUUGGCGAUGGCUUUGCUGAGGUUCUUCGGAUUAAACUGGCUUCUGAGCCUGUUGAGAUGACUGACCCUGAGGAGUCCUUGGUGGCUCUGGGGUCUUGAGGAGCCCCAUUGUGUUUUUAGACAGCCUAGCUGAUCUCUGGAUGUACCUGCUUUUGCCCUUUUACUGCUUUGGUUGGUGCCUUUUAAAAUAUUUAUUUGAAGGAAAUGGUUUGGUUUUGA